UUUUAAUCAACCGACAGUGAGAAUCUAAUCAGCUUAAGCACACAAUGAGUCCAUUUGUUUUUGCCGCUGUUCUGUCCACUUUGGCACUCUCCGCCAAUGCUGGUAUUGUUGCUGGUCCCGCGCCCCUCGCAUAUGCUGCCGCACCUGCUUCACCAUUUGCCUACGCCGCCGCACCAGCUGCCUAUGCCGCCGCCCCCUUCUACGCUCGUUAUGCCGCUGCUCCAGCACCUUUGGUUGCUGCCGCUGCUCCUGCACCCAUUGUGAAACCAGUUGUUGCCAGACAAUUCGCCGCUGCGCCAGCACCACUUCUUGCUCCUCGCGCUUUUGCUGCUCCAGUUGCCGCACCGGUCGCUGCCGCCCCUGCUCCAUUAGUUGCCGCCGCCGCUCCUGCACCACUAGCUGUCGCUUCAGAUAUUGUUGACCCAUACCCACAGUACAGUUACGCCUACAACGUGCAGGAUACUCUGACCGGUGACUCAAAGACCCAAGAGGAGACACGCGAUGGUGAUAUCGUACGCGGCUCAUACUCGCUCAUCGAACCCGAUGGUUCCCGUCGUAUUGUCAACUACUACGCUGAUUCCAUCAACGGUUUCAAUGCUGUCGUACAGAAGGAUGUGCCGGUGGCUGCUGUUGCACCCGUCGUCGCUGCCAAGUCUGUUGCUGCCCCCCUCGUAGCCGCGCCAGCACCAGUUGUUGCCAAGUCCUUCGCUGCUCCAAUUGUUGUCUAAGCCACACGGAAGGAAACAGGCCGGAUUAUUGACCAUUGACCUAUUGAUUACCAACGUACCGACACCCUCUUGUCCAAAUGUCAGCUAAUUGUUGAGUUGCGAUUGCCUUGCCGAUUGAAUGAGGAGCGCUGUGCGCGCCAAAUAUGGGCGGAACAAGGCAAUUCAACAGGGGACAUCCAUUUGUAAAUAAACUAGAAAUACUCAUUGUCUUUGUUGAAAACUUUCAUCGUUAAUAAAAAAAAUUUGAUAAACAA